GCUCCAGGUGGUCCAUCGACAGCGCCUCAAGUAACACCAGAUGGUCCAUCCACAAAACAACCAUCAACACCAGCUCCAACAAAACCAGUUCUAGACCCUUGUGAGUCAAACCCAUGCGGCGGUGGUAGCACCUGUGUACCUCGUUUCAAUCAAAUGUUUGAAUGCCUGUGUUUGCCUGGUAGCGUCUACAAUAAUGACAGCAACACUUGUGAGAGUGCCAAGGUUUUCCCUGGACAACUGACCCUGGCAAAAGAGUACAAUCCAAACCUUGCAGACCCCACAUCAGAAGAUUUUCUGAGUGUGUCUAAAGACGUUGUUACAGAGCUGGACGAUGUUUUUAAGUCAACUCCUGGCUACUCUAAAUCUAUAGUGCUAAAACUGAAGCCUGCAAAUAGUGUCAGAGUGUGGUUCAGGGCGACGCCAGGUAUCUUGGCUGAAGUAGAAAACAUCUUUGAGCCAGCAGCUACCAUUGAAACUAAAAUAGUUACAGAGACAUUGAAAAAGGCGAUUACAGAGUCAACUGAAGGUUCUCUCCUGAAUGGGGCAGAUUUUAAAGAGGAUGACCUGUGUAAUUCAAAACCUUGUGAUGUGAAAACCACAAAUUGCACUGGCAAGGAUGGAUCUUUUGGCUGUUCAUGCAGGGACGGCUACGUUAAGACGAGCUACAGCGACAGAGUAUGCGUUGCUUGUCCCAGUGGGCAACAAGCUGGGACCAGUGGUUGUGUCGAUUGUACAUUUGGUUAUUCUGGCUUAAACUGCAAUGAAUCAUGGAAACUUGCGCUGGUAGUCGUGUCUGUUGUUGUAGGACCGAUGCUCAUCUCAGGCAUGGGUGUAUUGGCACGCAGUGGCAGCCUGAGACGUUUGAUCAACAUGUAGAUGACUCCGAGCAGCAGCCGGCAAAACCUGGUCCCUAAUGGGAAGAACGCGCGGCUCUAUGAUGACCCUGACGACAUGAAGCCAUACACACAGGCUCGACCCCAGAACAACCCCUACGCCCAGGCUCGACCCCAGAACAACCCGUACGCCCAGAUUCGCCUCCAGAACAACCCGUACUCCGCCAAGGAGGGGUACACCAACCCUUACGUCACCAAUGACAAUGGAAGACGGUUAUAUUAAAAAGGGUUGUUCAACCAUCCCAAAUAACACAAUCUCUUUAAUUCCUCAUUAUGGCAUUAUGUAUACAGAAGCAUGAAUUAGAUGUCCUUUCACCACAAUGACUCGCAGAGUUUGAAUGUAACUGUGAUCAAUUAUAAGCUUCCAACAGUCA